UUGAAUUUGGAACGGUGAACGCGCGUUUUGACACGCACGAGAUUUGCGCGCGAAAAUCGGGAUUGUUUUUUCUUUUAGUGCGUUUAUUUGUGCGUUUUUUAAAAGAUUUUAAUUACAACGAUAAUCUUCGAGAUGGCGUUUUUCAAAGCUCUGAACCUGCUUCUCCUCGCGACCCUGGCCAGCUCCGAGCCCCCGGUCAGAUACAACUACCGCGGCCGAAGCACUUUCCAGAACUCCGAGUACAACACCCCUAGCAACACCUACCUGCCGCCGGUAGAAACAGAGUUAAGCUCACCAAGCAACAGCUACCUGCCGCCCAGCAGCUUCGGAGGGCAGUACGAGGACCACAACCAUGGACAUGAUCAUGGUCAUGGUCACGACCACGAAGUUCCCAAGUCCUACGAGUUUGGGUACUCCGUGAAGGACGCGCAAUCUGGCAACGACUACGGCCGACGUGAGAGCUCAGAUGGAAACGUAGUGAGAGGAGAAUACAGAGUGGCUCUGCCUGACGGGCGCACGCAAAUUGUGACAUACCAUGCUGACUGGCAGACAGGCUUCCACGCUGACGUCAGGUAUGAGGGCGAGGCGCGGUACCCCGAACCUACUAGGAACCAGAACCAAGGCUACAACUAUCAACAACCGUCAGACUUCAGCGGUUCUUUGACCGGGUUCGGAUCCCGCCCCUCCACCGCCUACGGACCUCCCGGCUAUCAUUGACCACCAAAUAUGUUUAGUUAGUUAUAAUAAGCAAAGAUCUUAUACAACAGAAAAGGGAGGGUGAAGACCGGCGCCUACGGUCCCGGCUAACAACCACCACCAAAUAUAUUUAAAUAGUUGUAAUGUAAGCAAAACCUCGUACAGGGUGAACGGGCUUCGCGCAGUACGGAUCAAACGAGUCCUUAAAAGCUACCGAUGGUAUACGUGGUAUAGCGAAAAUUUAAUAGUCUCCUCCGCACGACGGCGACGGCUAAUAGCCAUGGAAAAUGUAUUCUUGCGUAAAAAAAUUAAUAAUAAUGGCAUUAAGAGCCAACAGGAGCCGAGCCCGAACUCAAUUUUGAGAUUUGAAAGAGAAUAUCGCCGUCGCGCUGACGGGGCCUUCGCCCACCGCCUUGCACUUAGGAGGGGGCCUCGCAAAGCCAACCUUUUCUUUUUAUUACCUUGGGAAAACACAUUAAAAAGGGCCUCGCAGAUGUGGUUUUCGCUCACGGCUAGAUUGAUUCACGCUACGCCACUGGCCAAUAUUUAAUCUAGGAAUACACGUGCAGAUGUGUCCGUCAGACAGGUCUGUAAGUACCUAUAUAUCCCUUUCUUUACUACCUAUAAGUACUGCAAGUUACAACUUAGAUUGUGAUGAUCCGUAGGCAGGAAAAGGAACAUGCGACAUAGAUGCAGUACAAAUAGUAAAUUCUUAAGAUUACAGUACAAAAUACCUUGUAUUUUUUACGUGAUAAAAGUGUUACCAGUAUUUUAUAUUAACAAGUUAUUUAAGACUUUUGUACCAGUAUUAUU